AUGCAGCAGAAUUCGAGAGGCGACACCGAACAGAGCGGUAAGCGCCAAUCGAUCGGCAAGAGAAAGCUUCCCGAUCAAGGAGAGCCAUCGCAGCCGCGAUCGCAGACCGUCUCCGAGCGUCUCUCCGACAGAUACACACCCGAACCUCAGUCUCACAAACGCACCCGCGUAUCUUCGUCUCCGCACUUGCCGUCCCCUACAGUCCCACAUAAGAUGUAUCCGAUUUCCGGGCCUAGGAUUGGCGCGCCUGUUGGCAGGGGCGUGCCCGGCUCAACCGGUUCGGUCAGAUCGAUGAAUGCAAAUGCCGGCCAGAACAAUUUCACACCAUAUACCGGGGCGAGGAAGCUGGUUGUCAAGAACCUUCGUGUUGGUCCGAGGCUGGACCAAGAAUCAUAUUUUGAUAAGGUGUGGUCACAGUUCGAUGCGGCCUUGACGGCGAUCUUCGAUGGCAAGCAGCCGGAGACUUCGCUCGAGGAACUGUACAAAGGUGGUGAGAAUGUAUGCCGACAGGAUCGGUCUGCGUUGUUGGCGAAGAAGCUUCGUGCUCGGUGUAAAGAGUUCGUGAAUGGUCAGAUGCGAAAGAACCUGGUCACGAGAUCGAAGGGCAGCACCGAUGUUGAUACAUUACGAUCUGUGGUUGAUGCAUGGUCAAACUGGCACUCAAAGCUCAUUACCAUCCGAUGGAUCUUCUAUUAUCUCGAUCAGUCGUUCCUACUGCAUUCAAAGGAACAUCCAGGGAUUCGCGACCUGGGAUUGAUCCAGUUCCGCGAACACAUAUUUGCCGACGCCAAUCUCAAACCAAAGAUCUUGAAGGGCGCCUACGACUUAAUCAGUGCUGACCGACUGGGCGAUUUCAAAGGAAUAUGGAACUCCGCUCUGCUCAGAGACGCCAUGGAUCUCUUCCAUAAACUCGAUGUCUACGUCAGUGAUUUUGAGCCUCUGUUCUUAUCUGAGUCCCAGAAGUUUGCCACGAACUGGACCCGAGAGCAAUCAGCCGGCUCUCUGGAAUCAUAUGUCGAGGACACUCGCAGCUUGCUUGCGAGUGAAGUAGAGCGCUGCGAAAUGUUCGCCUUCAACAGAAACACAAAGAUGAAACUUUCUGAACUCUUCGAUGAGACCUUGAUCUCUCAGCAAGCCAGUCUCUUGACCAAUGAUGAUGAUGUCCUCGGUUUGUUACGGGCAGACAAGAAGGCUACGCUGAAGGAGCUCUACAUCCUGUUGAACAGACGAGAUCUUACCCAAGACUUGAAGUCUGCGUUCCAGAGCUACAUCAUCCAAGAGGGCGAACGGAUUGUGUUUGAUCAGGACAAGGAAAUCGACAUGGUUGUUUAUUUGCUUCAAUUCAAGCAAAAGUGCGAUUCCAUUGUGGCCGAUUCUUUCGACAACAAUGAAGGGCUCCGCAUCACUCUUCGCGAAGCCUUUAGCACAUUCAUGAACCGCGGCAAGAAGAUGGAGUCAACUGGUGGCACAGACAACCCCAAGUCCGGUGAGAUGAUUGCCAAAUACGUGGAUCGCCUCCUCCGGGGUGGGUACAAAUUACCACCAGGUCGCAACCCGGAAGAAGUGAGCCUCGUUUCCGACGACGUAGAGCUCGACCGGCAGCUAGAUCAGGUGCUCGACCUCUUCCGGUUUGUGCACGGUAAGAAUGUCUUUGAGGCAUUUUACAAGAAUGACCUUGCUCGCCGCCUCUUGAUGAAACGGAGCGCGAGCAGUGACGCAGAGAAGAGCAUGCUGGCUCGAUUGAAGAAUGAAUGCGGAUCGAACUUCACUCACAACCUCGAGUCCAUGUUCAAUGAUAUCGACACUGCCGCCGAAGAAAUGGCAGCCUUUAAGAACUCACCAGCGCAAAUGGAGAGGAGAAGCUCCUUCGAAUUUGAUGUCACCGUGCUGUCCGCCGCCGCAUGGCCCAGCUACCCCGAAGUUCCGGUGAACGUUCCCCUCAAGAUUUCGCGCGCCAUGGAAAGAUUCGAAUCCUUUUAUAAAUCCAAACACGAAGGGCGCGGUCUCACCUGGAAGCACCAAUUGGCUUAUUGUCAGCUGAACGCGAAUUUCGACUCGGACAAGAAGAACCUGGUAGUCAGCUCAUUCCAGGCAAUUGUUCUCCUCCUUUUCAAUGAUCUCGCCGAAGGUGAGAGUCUCGACUACCGGGAAAUCAAAAAAUUGACCGGGCUUUCGGAUCCCGAAUUGAUUCGCACGCUGCAAUCUCUCGCAUGCGCCAAGUACCGCAUCCUCACCAAAACCCCCAAGGGCAAAGAAGUGAACGAAACCGACACCUUCCGCUAUAAUGCCGGAUUCACCGAUAAACAAAAACGGAUCAAGAUUAAUCAGAUCCAGCUGAAGGAAACCAAGGAGGAAACCAAGACCACACACGAGCGUGUUGCCGCCGAUCGCCAUUUUGAAACCCAGGCUGCGAUCGUGCGCAUAAUGAAGAGUCGAAAGACCAUCAGCCAUCCUACGCUUAUUUCGGAGGUGAUCACCGCGACCAAACGACUGGGUGCUUUGCAGCCUGCGGAUAUCAAGGCUAAUAUUGAGAAGUUGAUCGAGAAGGAUUACAUUGAGCGCACGGAGGAUAACCAGUACAGCUAUGUGGCUUGA